AUGUGUUCGUCAAAUUGUGUAAAAAAAGAAGUGUUGGAUCGAUAUAAUGANUGUGAAGCUAGCACGAAGGAGCUAGCACGAACAAACGAUAUGUUAGGUAAAAACUUUUUUACUAAAUAUGUCCCGUCCAUGAGAACUACACCAUUCGACUCAGAAUUUAAUUCUGCAUCGAAUGGUGGCACUUCUAUUCACCGGACAAACUUUGGAAAAAUUCUAUCUGGAUUAUAA